UGGCUGCAGUUCCUGUCACUGCUCUGCAGUGUCCCCAAGUGUCCUGGCUGCAGUUCCUGUCACUGCCCUGCAGUGUCCCCAGAUGUCCUGGCUGCAGGGGUGGCUCUGUCACUGCCCUGCAGUGUCCCCACACGUCUCUGCUCUGUCCCCAGUGCCCGGCCACCACCACAGUGCCGUGGUGCACUGGUCCCGCUGGCGGGCCCUGGUCAUCCUCCUGCUCUCCACCCUCUGCAUGUCGGCCUGUGCUGACCUGGCCACGGAGCACAUCAGCCCCAUCCUCACCAACUCCACCAUCUCACAGUACUUCAUCGGUGUCACCGUGCUGGCAAUGGUGCCCGAGCUGCCAGAGAUUGUCAAUGGCAUCCAGUUUGCCCUGCAGAACAAUCUGAGCUUGAGCAUCGAGAUCGGGAACUGCAUUGCUGUGCAGGUCUGCAUGCUCCAGAUCCCUGUCCUGGUGCUCUUCACCAUCUUCUACCCGACCAACUUCACGCUCGUCUUCAGCGACCUCCACGUCUACGCCAGCAUGUUCAGCGUGGUGCUCAUGAACUACAUCUUCAUGGAUGGCAAAUGUGACUAUUUCCAAGGCACGGUGCUGGUGAUGGUUUACUUCAUCCUGCUGGCCGUGUAUUUCUUCGCCCCGUCGCCCAGCGGCUGCUGAGGUUUGGAUUCUCUGUCUCCAAGCCCUCGUUGGGAUCAGCACCCCUCAGGACUUUUGCAGUGUCUCAGGGACCUGGCCGGGCUGGCUCCGCGCUGGAAGCGCC